CUUCUUCAGCAGACAGAGUUCCUCUAAUCCUUCUGCUUCUUUUCCCCCACCUCUCACAAGACCCUUCUCUCAGAGAGGAACAACGAUAGCUUUGAGGAUAAUAUAGCUUUAAGGCAACUUUUGGCAGACGCGAAUGUCCUGACAUCUGGGAAGUGUUAAAAGAAUCCCAGAAUCCCGGAGGCCCGGACAGACCAGGAGCCACUCGUUCUAGGAAUGUUAAAGAGGAAGGUUUUUUUUUCCCCCGACUGAUGAGAGGAGCAGACAGCAAGGAGAAAAAGGAGCGAGAAAAAGAGCAAACACAUACAAACAAUAAAAGAGGUCCUCCCCAACCUCUCUGUCUUCUCACUGGCUUAGAAGUGUAAAACUGGGAGGUUAGACUGGAUGUGGAAACCAGAAGCCACUACCAACCACUAAACCUCAAACCUCGAAGCUAGGAAAGGAACAAGAUCCUGUAUUUCUGCUUCCUCUCACUCACUUUUGGAAGUUCAUAGAUGGCUAAUUUAUGAAUGUUACCUUCCUUUACCCUGAUACUUCUGGCCACACACAUCUAUUCGUAUCUCCCUAACCCUUCCUCUAGGAUGGCUGCUCAACUAACUCCAAGAGGAGCCCUCUCUCUGCUACUCUUCCUAACUCCAGCAGUGACACCAACAUGGUAUGCAGGUUCAGGAUACUAUCCAGAUGAAAGCUACAAUGAAGUAUAUGCAGAAGAGGUCCCACUGGCCUCUGCCCUAGACUACCGAGUCCCCAGAUGGUGUUAUACAUUAAAUAUCCAGGAUGGAGAAGCUACAUGCUACUCACCAAGGGGAAGAAAUUACCAAAGCAGCCUGGGCACACGGUGUGAAAUCUCCUGUGACCGAGGUUUUCGGUUGAUUGGUAGGAGAUCAGUGCAAUGCCUGCCAAGCCGUCGUUGGUCUGGAAUUGCGCAUUGUAGGCAAAUGAGAUGCCAUGCACUGCCAUUCAUCACUAGUGGCACCUACACUUGCACAAAUGGGGUGCUUCUUGACUCCCGCUGUGACUACAGCUGUUCCAGUGGCUACCACCUAGAAGGUGACCGAAGUCGGAUCUGUAUGGAAGAUGGACGAUGGAGUGGAGGCGAGCCUGUAUGUGUAGACAUAGAUCCUCCCAAGAUUCGUUGUCCACACUCACGUGAGAAGAUGGCAGAGCCAGAGAAACUGAGUGCUCGAGUAUACUGGGACCCACCCUUAGUGAAAGAUUCCGCGGAUGGUACCAUCACCAGGGUGACCCUUCGAGGCCCUGAGCCUGGUUCUCAUUUUCCUGAAGGAGAGCAUGUGAUUCGGUAUACUGCAUACGAUCAUGCAUACAAUCGGGCCAGCUGCAAGUUCAUUGUGAAAGUACAAGUGAGACGCUGCCCUAUUCUAAAACCACCACAGCAUGGCUACCUCACCUGCACCUCAUCAGGAAACAACUAUGGCGCCACCUGUGAAUACUACUGUGAUGGUGGUUAUGAGCGUCAAGGGACCCCUUCUCGUGUGUGCCAGUCCAGUCGCCAGUGGUCAGGAUCACCACCUAUCUGCACUCCUAUGAAGAUCAAUGUCAAUGUCAAUUCUGCUGCUGGCCUUCUGGAUCAGUUCUAUGAGAAACAGCGACUUCUCAUUAUCUCUGCUCCUGAUGCUUCUAACCGAUAUUAUAAAAUGCAAAUUUCUAUGCUGCAGCAAUCCACCUGUGGACUGGACCUGCGGCAUGUGACCAUCAUCGAGCUGGUGGGACAGCCACCUCAGGAAGUGGGACGCAUCCGUGAGCAACAGCUGUCAGCCAGCAUCAUUGAGGAGCUCAGGCAAUUUCAGCACCUCACUCGCUCCUACUUCAACAUGGUGUUGAUUGACAAACAAGGUAUUGAUCGAGAACGCUACAUGGAACCUGUCACCCCAGAAGAAAUCUUCACAUUCAUCGAUGACUACUUGCUGAGCAAUCAGGAGCUGACCCAGCGCAAGGAGCAAAGGGAUGUAUGCGAAUGAACUUGAGCCAGGGCAUGGUUGAGGUCAGGGGCAUCACCUCUACUCAUGUUAGCUAAAACUGAAACCUAAUAAAAGGAAGAAAUGGUU